AUGGGAGAAGGUCUGCUCAAAGGCUUUCCCGAAGCAGCUCCGACAAAACCAUCAAAGGAGUUGAUAUAUGCAGAUGUCGCAGUAACAGCCACAGCAAAAGAAUUUGCAGGAAUCUACCGUGGCAAACAAUACCACGAACCAGAUGUUGCCCAUGUGCUCGAACGUGCCGCAGACGCCGGUGUCAAGAAAAUUCUCCUCACAGGCAUGUCAGCUUCGGACAUCGUAUUCAAUGCACAGGUAGCACGUUCACAACCCUCGCAAUGCAGCAUCACCGUCGGCGUACACCCCUACCACGCCUCCGAACCCUACGAAAACGGCAGCGAUGGCGAGGAAUACCUCACCGCCAUGGCAAACAAAACAAACGAACUACUGCACUCUUCACCAGCACUGGUGGCUGCAUACGGAGAACUAGGGCUGGAUUACGAUCACCUCUCCCUCGCAGACAAAGAAACCCAAUUGCGUUGUUUUCACGACCAGUUGGAUCUUUUUCUAGCCCAGGAGUGGCAAUUACCGUUAUUCCUGCACUGCCGCGCCGCUUUUGACGAUUUUGUGGCCGUGAUGGAAAAGUACAUUGAUAGAUUACCUCGGAGGGGGCUGGUACACUCGUUCGUAGGCACAGAGGCACAGAUGCAGAAACUUGUGGCUAUGGGCUUGGAUGUCAGUGUCAAUGGGUUCAGCUUCAAGGACCUUGAGUCCCUGGAAAUGGUGGCGGCAGUGCCUUUACACGCACUACAACUCGAGACGGAUGCGCCGUGGGGAAAUAUUCAAACGAGCUCGGAGGUGGCGACGAGGUACUUGGCGAACGCACCUUCGCUGCCGGCGAGCAAGAAGAAGGAUAAGUUUGCCAUGGGGAGUAUGGUCAAGGAGAGGAAUGAGAGUUGCUGUAUGAGGCAAGUCGCAUUCAUUGUUGCUGGGCUCAAAGGCAUUAGUGUGGAGGAAGUGGCAUCAGCAGCGUGGAAGAACAGUGUAAAGAUGUUCUGGGCAGAGACGAUG